AUGUUCUCCACGCUUAUGCUGCUGAUGGUGCUAUUACUGCUACUCCUGUAUCUAGGAUCAAGGAAACCGAAAGGAUAUCCUCCAGGUCCAAAAUGGUGGCCAAUUUUGGGCUGCGCCAUCGAGAUGGCGCGUCUCCGUCAGGAAACCGGAUAUUUGUUCAAAACAUGUUCCGCCUUGUGUAAAAAGUACGGACCAGUGGUCGGUUUAAAAAUUGGUACAGAUCGUAUAGUAGUGUUGAACGACUACGAGAGUAUUCGAUCGAUGUUGACCAACGAAGACUGCGACGGAAGACCAAUUGGUCCUGUCUACGAGACGAGAACAUUUGGCUCGAGAAGAGGUUUAAUCGUCGUGGACGAAAAUCUGUGGAUCGAACAGAGAAGAUUCGUGCUGAAGCAUCUUCGCGAUUUUGGCUUCGGCCGGAAGAGCAUGGCGAUGAUAAUAGAGGAGGAGGCUGUAUGGCUGGUUGAGCAUUUCAAGAAGUUGAUCGGUAAUAGUUACGACAAUCGUGUGAACGAGUCGAGCGUUCGUUGUAACAAUAACGCGCACGACGACGGGCAGAUAUAUAAAUUGAUGAGAAAAGACAAAACGAACGAGUCGGAAUCGACGGAUAAAUAUCGAACGAGUGGGAAACAAUUGAAAGCUAGCGAUAUGUACGUGAGCGCGAACGAGUACAUAGAAAUCAAGAAGUUGGCUCAGUCGAAUCUAGGAAUGGUGAUUCCAAUGGACGACGCGUUCGGAGUUACGGUGCUCAAUACGUUGUGGAGAAUGAUGGCUGGUAAAAGAUUUAAUCUGGACGAUAAAGAGUUAACUUAUUUCCAACGGAUCCUGACGAAACUUCUGAGGGAGAUCGAUAUGAUAGGCGCACCGUUCGGUCAUUUUCCGAUAUUGAGAUUUAUCGCCCCGGAAAUGUCCGGUUACAAAUCGUUCCUGGAGAUUCAUCAGCAACUUUGGAAAUUUUUAAAGGAAGAACUGGACGAUCAUAGCGAUUCUUUCAAAUCCGGCUCACCGAGAGACUUAAUGGACGUCUACCUGACUGUUCUGAAGUCUGAGAAUUACAGCAGCACGUUUUCAGAGUCUCAAUUACUCGCGAUCUGCGUGGAUUUGUUCAUGGCAGGAUCAGAAACUACGUCCAAAGCUCUUGGCUUUUGUUUCUUGUAUUUAGUGUUGUUCCCAAGUGUCCAGAAGAAAGCACACGAAGAAAUAGACAGAGUUAUUGGACGUAACAGACCACCAACUUUAGAGGAUAGAGCGAGAAUGACGUAUAUGAACGCUAUCGUGUUAGAGUCGUUGAGAAUGUUCAUGGGACGAACAUUGAACGUACCGCAUAGAGCGCUAAAAGACACCACGAUAUUAGGUCAUAAAAUACCAAAGGAUACGAUGCUGAUUGUAAACUUUAAUAGAAUAUUAAUGGACGAAUCAUGGGGUGAUCCUGAAGAUUUCCGGCCGGAAAGAUUUAUAGACGAAAGUGGUAACAUUAUCGCACCGAACGUAUAUUUUCCAUUUAGCAUCGGGAGACAUCGUUGCAUGGGUGAAAAUUUAGCUAGAAGCAAUAUAUUUAUCAUAGCUACAGCGCUGCUGCAAGCAUUCACAUUUUCUCCAGUACCUGGACAAAAGAAGCCAUCGUCGCAAGACUUUGUGGACGGUGUGACAGCUGGUCCUAAACCGUUCAGGGUAAUGGUCUCUUUGAGAACGUAA